AUGUCUUAUGACUUGAUUAUUAUCGGGGCUGGACCAGCCGGAUUGACCGCAGCCAUUUACGCCCGCCGAGCCCUCUUAAAAUGUCUAAUUUUAGAAAAAUAUUUGUCAGGGGGAAAAUUAAAUAAAACUGAGGAUGAAGGGAAUUUUAUUAUUAAAACUAAUGAAGGAAAUGAUUUGAUUAGUAAGUCAGUCAUUAUUGCUUCGGGAGCAAUUGAAAACAAGUUAAGAAUUAAAGGAGAAAAAGAAUUAACUAACCGUGGAGUUUCCAGUUGUGCUAUUUGCGACGGAUUUCUUUUUCGCGGUAAGGAAGUAGUGGUGGUAGGAGGAGGUUAUUCAGCCUUAGAAACCGCUUUAUAUAUGAGUAAUAUCGCUAGUCGAGUCUAUCUUAUUCACCGCCGAGAUAAUUUUCGAGCCGAAAAAGCAAUUGUGGAAAGAGCCGAACAUAAUCCUAAAAUAAACUUUCUUUUGAAUGCUAUCCUAACUGAAAUCCAAGGCAAAGAAACAGUCGAAAAAGUUAUCAUUAGUAAUCUACUUGAUCACCAAAAAAGCGAACUGUCGGUUCAUGCCGUUUUCCCUUGUAUUGGACUUUCCCCAUUUAGCAGUUUUACCCAUGAAUUAGGCAUUUGUGAUGGAGAAAGAUACAUUGCUAUCAAGGAAGAUUGCUCGACUUCGGUUCCUGGUUUAUUUGCCGCUGGUGAUGUGGCUCGAAUCAACCAAAAUAAAAUCAAACAAAUUGUGACUGCCAUAGCCGAAGGAGCCAUUGCUGCUCAAUCAGUAAUCAAAUCUUCACCGGAUUAUCAAGGAGAAAAUUUAAAAGAAUUUAUCGAAAAAAUUAGGAUGGACAAUAAUUUCGCCCAAAAAUAUGGCAAUUUAGGGGCAGUUUACGGAGUGCCAUUUAAUAUUGCCAGUUAUAGUUUGUUAACUUCCCUGCUAGCCCAAGUUUGUGGAUAUAAACCAGGAGAAUUUAUUCAUAUUAUUGGCGAUGCUCAUAUUUAUUUAAAUCAUAUAAAACAAGUUCAAGCACAAUUAAAAAGAGAGCCCCAAAAACUACCAACUUUGAAACUUAAUUCCGAAAUAAAAUCGCUUUUUGAUUUUCGUUUUGAGGAUAUUAGUUUAGAAAAUUAUGAACCUUAUCCCCCGAUUAAGGGAAAAUUACAAGUUUUCUCCGGAGACAAAGUAAUUAUAGUAGGAGAAAAUGGGGUUGGAAAAUCAACCUUGUUUAAAAUUAUGAAAGAUCUAGUUCACCCUUUUGACGGUGCAGUAAAAACUGAAGGGAAUAUUGGUUAUUUACCGCAAUCAUUCGAAAAAUUUUCCCUAUGCAGCGGGUUUCGAUUAAUGAGAAUAAUAUCACAAUUACAACUUACUUCAUCCAUUUUAGAAAGAAAAUUUUCCACCCUUAGCGGCGGAGAAAAAGUAAAAAUCCAUUUAGCGGCUUUGUGCUUUCAAAAUCCUGAGGUUCUUUUGUUAGAUGAACCUACUAACCACUUGGACGAAACAGGAAUUAAAUGA